CCCGGCCCAAGAUGGCGGCGGGCCCCGCCGCCGCCGCCGCCCGCGGCCGCUUCCCCGCCCGGCCCCCGCCGUGGCCUCGGGUUCCGCCCGGUUCUCCCCGCGCCCGGACCCCGCUGCGGGGCCCGCCGGGUCCUUCCCGGCCCGAUCCAGCGCUCCGGGCUCUCGUGGCCAUCGGCCGCGGCCUCCGGCGCCUGCGGGCGCUGCUCGGGGAGCGCCAAAGGCCCGCCCGGCCGGAGGAGUUUCGGGGGUUCCUCCCUGAGGAGCUGGAGAUGCCCCUCCCCCCACGGCGCUCCCGAAGAGGUUCCCGGCUCCCCCCCGGCUCCUCCCCCUCCCCCCCUCGCGCGGGGGGCGUGGCCUCAUCAUCAUCAUCAUCAUCAUCGCCCCGCCCCCCUCGGCUGAAGCUCCGCCCCCUUCGCUUCCGGGGCGGGGUUUGGAGCAGGGGGCGUGGCCGGGGGGGUGGGCGGGGCUCCAGGCAGGUCGUGAUGCCAUUGGUCAGCUCCCGCUCGGCUCGGCCAAUCAGGCGCCCCCGUCGCUUCUCGGACACGCCCACACCGGAAGUGACGCCCGGGGAUCCCCGGGAGGGGGUGGGGAAUCCCCGGGAAACCCCCAGGGGUGCUGGGGACACUCCCAGUGCUCCCAGUAACCCCAAAACCCCUCCCAGUAACCCCAAAAUCCCUCCCAGUGCUCCCAGUAACCCCCAGACCCUUCCCAGUAAUGCCCAGGGCCCUCCCAGUAACCCCAAAACUCCUCCCAGUAACCCCAAAUCUCCUCCCAGUAACCCCCAGAUCCCUCCCAGUGCUCCCAGUAACCCCCAGACCCUUCCCAGUAACGCCCAGGGCCCUCCCAGUAACCCCAAAUCUCCUCCCAGUAACCCCAAAACCCCUCCCAGUAACCCCAAAGCUCCUCCCAGUAACCCGAGUUCCCCUCCCAGUGCUCCCAGUAACGCCCAGGGCCCUCCCAGUAACCCCAAAGCCCCUCCCACUCCUCCCAGUAACCCCCAGACUCCUCCCAGUAACCUCAGGAUCCCUCCCAGUGCUCCCAGUAACCCCAAAAUCCUUCUCAGUAACCCCCAGACCCUUCCCAGUAACCCCAAAGCUCCUCCCAGUAACACCCAGGGCCCUCCCAGUGCUCCCAGUAACCCCAAAAUCCUUCCCAGUAACCCCCAGACCCCUGCCAGUAUCCCCAAGACCUCUCCCAGUGCUCCCAGUAACCCCCAGACCCCUCCCAGUAACCCCCAGGGCCCUCCCAGUAACCCCAAAACCCUUCCCAGUAACCCCCAGGCCCCUCCCAGUGCUCCCAGUGCCCCUCCCAGCGCCCCUUUGACCACGCCCACCGCCCCCGAGGCCCCUCCCAGUGCUCCCAGUAUCCCCCAGGCCCCUCCCAGUAUCCCCCAGUCCCCUCCCAGUGCUCCCAGUAUCCCCCAGUCCCCUCCCAGUCUCCCCUCCCCCCGCCGCGCCAUCCUGCGGGCUCCCACCUUCCGCUGGGCGGGGGGCGGUGACGUCAUCGGGGUGGGCGGUGACGUCAUCAGGGUGGGCGGUGACGUCAUCAGGGUAGGCGGGGAGCUCCUCAGGCCGGCCCGCGUCGUCCUGGGCCGCGCCGGUGACGUCAUCGCCGGGGCGCGCCGUGACGUCAUCGCCGGGGCGCGCCGUGACGUCAUCGCCGGGGCGUGCCGUGACGUCAUCGAUCCGCGACGUGACGUCAUCAAACCGACCUGUGACGUCAUCAAACCACCACGUGACGUCAUCGAGGCCUCCUCCUCCCGUGACGUCAUCAAGCCUUCAAGUGACGUCAUCGAGCCUUCCUGUGACGUCAUCAAGCCGCCCUGUGACGUCAUCAAACUGCCACGUGACGUCAUCAAACCGCCGCGUGACAUCAUCGAGCCACUCUGUGACGUCAUCGAGUCCUCCCGUGAUGUCAUCAAGCCGACCUGUGAUGUCAUUGAGCCUCCCUGUGACGUCAUCAAGCCGCCCUGUGACGUCAUCGAGUCCUCCCGUGAUGUCAUCAAGCCGACCUGUGAUGUCGCUGGCUCUUCCCGUGAUGUCAUCGAGUUACCCUGUGAUGUCAUCAAGCCUUCCUGUGAUGCCAUUGGACCUUCCUGUGACGUCAUCAAGCCUUCCGGUGAUGUCAUCAAGCCCUCCCGUGACGUCAUCGAGCCCUCCCAUGAUGUCAUUGAAUCCUCCUGUGAUGUCAUCAAACCGACCCGUGACGUCAUCAGACCAUCCUGUGACGUCACCGAGAGCUCCACUGGCGUCGGACCGGCCUGUGACGUCAUCAAACCUUCCUGUGACGUCAUCAAACCUUCCUGUGACGUCAUCAAACCUUCCUGUGACGUCAUCAAACCUUCCUGCGACGUCAUCAAACCUUCCUGUGACGUCAUCAAACCUUCCUGUGACGUCAUCAAACCUUCCUGCGACGUCAUCAAACCUUCCUGUGACGUCAUCAAACCUUCCCGUGACGUCACCGAGAGCUCCCGUGACGUCACGGGGGGCGGCGGCGACGCCCUCAACGGGACCUGUGACGUCAUCGGGCGCCGCGCUGACGUCACCGGUCCCGGCCCCGCCCCUUUGGGCGACCCCCGGGUGACGCUGAGGCUCCUCCAGGUGACCUUGGCUGACCCCGGGGUGACCCCGCCAGGCCCCGCCCACUUCCGGCCCCGCCCCCUCCUGCUCCGCGCCCCCCUCUUCACCCCCGGCCCCGCCCACCUGCGCCUCUACCAAUCGCUGAGCUCGCUGCCCGCCGGAAGUCCCGCCCUCCCACUUCCGGUGCAAGCCACGCCCACUUCCGGUCUCAACCAUUUGGCUCUCCCCGCUCACUUCCGGGUUGGCGCCGGAAGUGAUGUCACGGCGACCGGAAGUGAUGUCACGGCGACCGGAAGUGAUGUCGCGGCGACAGGAAGUGCAGGCGGGGAGCGGGGAGAGGCGGCGGCGGGGGGAAGUGACGUCACGGCGGGGGUUGAUGACGUCACGGCGGGGUUUGAUGACGUCACGGGGAGGGUGUUUGAUCUCCUGAGCCGGGCCCGGCUGCAGCUGGGGAGGAUCGACCGCAGGCAGAGGGUGGGGUCGGAGGAGCCUGAGGAGCCCCCGGAGGAACCUGGAGAGCCCAGGGGUCCCCCAGGAUCAAACACGUCUGCAGGAGAGCCCCGCCCCCGAGCAGGCCACGCCCCCGGAAGGCUCCGGCGCUGCGACAAAAUCGAGGCUCGGAAACUGGAACGGCUCGGGAGGAGAGGUCGCCUCCCCCCCCGUUCCUCCCCCUGGGAUUCCGGCGACGAUUCCGGCGACGAUUCCGGCGAUUUCGGGGGAGGGGCGGCGCUGGGGGGGGACCGGGGGGACCCCGAGGCCGGGGAGUCGCCCCCCGAGCCUGACCCCGCCCCUUUCCCGAGGCCCCGCCCCCUCCAGCCCCUCCUGCAGCUCCGGGCCCGGAGGAGGCACCUGCAG